CGUGGAGUCCUGGUUCUGUCAGAUAGGCAGGAAAUUGCGCCCUUGCAGUUGAUGCAGGCGGGGUACAUAGAUACGUACUUUCCAUUGGCCACUACGAAGCUGUACCUAUUCAAGUUCUCUUUGCUCGGCCGGAGAGCUCUUGAAUAGGCCCAACACGUGGUAGAAUUUUCAGCGCCUGAUCAUGGUCUUUCUCGCGCGGCGACCCUUACUGAUGAUUGUGAACGUCAAAAUCGAAAACACACCUAUAGCUCCCUCCUUCUGCUUUCUACUUUCAAUUUGUUUCUCAACAACGCUCGACGGUCUAGAUAAACACCGUGCAAGCGGGAAAAUUGUUCCAAGCUAUUUUUCCAGUCACAUCGUAAGUAUCUUGAAUCAGUUCUUGAUUUUAUUCAUUAUUGUCCAAGUAGGCCAUAUGCAUAUGAUGAGGGCAGAAUCGCCGUAGCUUGAACCUGUAGAUUGAAAGUGUAUGUGCACACGAUAGCC